GUCUAGCAGGGCCAGGCUGGUCUGACCUGGCAGUGGCCCCUGGCCUUCCUUCCUUCACAGGGAGCUGGUUCUGUGGUCAACAUGGUUUCCAGCCUCCUCUUGUCUCUGCUGCUACUUUUGAGGCCCAUGCCCUUGGUGGCCUACUCUGUGUCCCUCCCAGCCACCUUCCUGGAGGACAUGGGGGGCAGUGGGGAGGCUGAGGGCUCCUCAGCCUCUUCCCCGAGCCUGCCACCACCACGGACUCCAGCCUUCAGCCCCACAUCGGGGAGUCCCCAGCCCACAGCUCUGGAGGGCCCUGCGCCCCCCACCAACCUCCUGGAUGGGAUCAUGGACUUCUUCCGCCAGUAUGUGAUGCUCAUCGCGGUGGUGGGCUCUCUGGCCUUCCUGCUCAUGUUCAUCGUCUGUGCCGCUCUCAUCACCCGCCAGAAGCACAAGACCACGGCCUACUACCCAUCCUCCUUCCCGGAGAAGAAGUAUGUGGACCAGAGUGACCGGGCUGGGGGUCCUCGUGCCUUCAGCGAGGUUCCUGACAGGGCACCCGACAGCCGGCCGGAAGAGGCCCUGGACUCCUCCCAGCAGCUCCAGGCCGACAUUCUGGCUGCUACCCAGAACCUCCGGUCUCCAGCCAGAGUGGUGCCAGGCAGUGCGGAGGGAACAAAGCCGGUGAAGGGUGGGUCAGAGGAUGAGGUACCCAGCAGCCAGGAGGGGGCCCAGCAAGCCCCAGCAUGCGGAGUCCCUGUAGGGAAGCUUGGGGUCUCAGAGGAGUCAGGCCCAGCAGAGGCUGGAGGGGCCCCUGCAGCCAGUGAGGGCCAAGGGGGCCAAGAAGGGUCUGUCUCUGUAGCGGAGGAGCCCCAGGGACCAGCCGACCCCCCUGAAGGUCCCUGUGCUUGUAGCGGCGUGUCCCCCAGUGUCUGAGGCCCCGGAACUGUUGGGCCUGACUGUUAGGUCCUCAAGGGUCACCUCUUUGGUCAAAAAAGGCCUUUAUCUCUGACUGCCAUUGCUGGCGCCAAUCCUGACCCUGAGUGCGCAGAGCUGAUGGCCUCCGGUGCGCCCCAGGAAGCAUCACCCCAAGUUCCAGUGCCUUCGAUGCCUCUUGCCAAAGCACACUUCUCUACCAGAGGAAGGACAAACACACCUCAGUUGGAGCUGCAACAGUCCCCACGAGCAGCCACAGCAGAAGGGGAACAGGCCAGAGGCCUCCCCCACCCCCGUGAGGCUGGGAAGAUAGCCGGGGCUCAUCACGGAUGGGCCUGGCAUGGUCCUCAGCUGCUCCGUGCCCGGCUGGGAAAGCAAGUUGCAGCCCGUUGCGCCAGGGACUGCAGAGGGUCCUCUUCGCCGCACCUCCCCAACACCAGAAUGUGGGCUCACUCUCUCUCUGCUCAGCGGACUUGCUUAGUUAGGAAGCAUUCUGAAGGGCCUGACACCUUGUCACAGGGUCCCCCUAGACCCUGCAUGGAUACACAAACUCAGUCAUGUGAGCCGAGGGGCCACUGUGCCCCUCCCCAAGCUUAUGCAACUACUCUAAGGGUUCCCGUCUGGCUGGUCUUCUCUUUCCUCCGGCUUUUUCUCUUUUUCAUUUUCUUGCUUUCUGUUUUUAAUUAUUAUUUUACAUAUCGGUCUCAGUUCCCUCUCCCACCCUCACACGCACCCCGACCACCCUCCCCUCCCACCCACCCCCCUCCACAUGUAGGGUGAUGCCCUCCAGGAGGGGGCAUCUGAAUCUGUCAGUCCUCCUGCUUUAUAAUUAGGGUGAUGACGAAUAGCUACAAAGUCCAGUCUCACACCAAUCUCACAGUACCCGCUCCGGAAAACACCGUUCCUGAUUUUCUCUAAGGCACCCCACUUUCUGAUUGGUUUCGGUGUUAGGAAGUGAGAUGCCGGAUGCCGGGAAUCCGGUUCUCGCAAGCAUCCAGCAGCUCUGAGAGUGUGCCUCUCACCUUGUUAUCGAUGCUGGGAUGAGGGAAUGGAGGGAAGCUCUUCUCUGUUGGUCCCUGAAGCAGCCUGGAAGCCAACGGGCAUUUGGGACAACCGCCAUUCCGGAUUCUGACGCCCAGGCUAGAGCAGGGGCCUGGCCCAUCGUUUGCUCACACCGUGGCCUGGCAGCCUGAGCCCACACCAUCCCUCAGUCCUUGACAGUGCGGAGGCUUUGUCCUGUUGGGGUGUUGGGGGGGUCCCCACAUCUCCAUUCAGGGCUCCCUGACACCACAGCUGUUCAGGUGUGGAGAUAUAACAUAUAAUAAACCUUGAUCUG